CUUCAUCCAGUUUCAUUGUGGAACUCACUGCUGAGCGUCAAGAUGGGCAGCUUCUCUGUGAUCGUUCUGCUCUUCCCACUUCUCCUGCUGGUGGUGAACGGAAACCUGAACACGACAGGAAUAACGAUGGUAGAUUCCAAUGGGACCACACCUGACGUCAAUAACACCGAGACAUUACCACUACUGACUCCAGUAUUGUACGAUUCGAAUGAGACCACGCCUGUGUACAAUGGUACUGAUCCCCUUAACACAACCACUGAUCCCCCCUCGACUCCGGUGCCUCUAGAAUAUUCAAGGAGCUGCAGGCAAGACCCUCCCAAGUGCUGUAUGUCAUAUGACUGGAGCUGCUACAGGGGCUGCUACUGUGACGCGGGGUGUCUGAGACGCGGGGACUGCUGCCCCGACUUCAAAGAGACCUGUGUGACAGGUUUUCUGAAUGAAAUGACCGACCUGCCCACCAACGGCACCAACAUCACCAGCUCUGGGGACUUCAAUGCCAGCUCGCCAUUUCCCAUCUGGUCCCUCUCAGGCAGCUGCAAAUCACCACAACCUAUGUGCUGCUCUUGGUAUGAUGCUAGCUGUUAUAGGGGGUGUUUCUGCGACAGUUCGUGCAGGUCUUACGGAGACUGCUGCCCUGACUACGAAUCCACCUGCUCAGAGAGGGUGGUGCUCAACUUGAAUGUUAGACUCCUGGUUCCGAUUACUGCGAGCGAGUCUGAAAUACAGUCAGCGCUUUACAGGGGUGCCACUCAGCUUGAUCAGGCCUUACGGAACCGCUACAGCUACUACUGGUACUGGUGGUACAACAACAACAACAGGUACAUUAGUCUGAGGGUCGCCAGCAUUGCAAGGAAGCCCUGAACAACACAGGUCCCCAGGCUUGCUCGCCGCCAACAUGGAUGUCAGCUGCAAAUAUUUUAGGCUAAAUCAGCCUUUUAUUUUGGAUGAUUUUGACAAUGAUUUUGAUGAUGAUUUCCUGCCUCUAUCACCCUGCUGUUCACAAGCCCAUUUUGGGUCCCCAGGAAACCAAAAUAAUAUGGACAUAAUAAAUAACAAUAUUAAAAUAAUGAGCUUGAUAUCCUUACAUUUACUUGCUUCUUCCUGACUUAGCAUGAUUUAGAGAUUUGGAGAUUUCAGGUCCAGAGAGUACAAAUCCAGACCAGGAUUUUGUUUCAACCAACCAGUUGAGUACUCUGUGACUCUUUAUACUCAAGCAUUUGGUUGAAACAAAAUCCUGGUCUGGAUUUGUACUCUCUGACCUGAAAUCUUCACCUCUGCCAAUAAUUAACCUCAAUGAUUUGGGACCCUAUUUCCCCCAUCCUAAAACAUCAAAUAAAAUAAAUGAUAUGCAAAUUAACUUCUUUCUACCACAUGCCAUUGACUUUGUAAUAAAUCUGAAAUAAAUAAACAAUUCCUAUGAA